AUGUUGAUUUUCAAAGGAUAUCGUUUUACUUUUAUUUUAAUUUCUUUGCAGUUUUUAAUGAUGAGGGUUUUUGUGAGGUUUUUUGGAAGCUUUAGAAGGAUAAUGUUUUUUAUCUGCCAACUUUAUUUUAUUUAUUUUAUUUUAUUUCUAGGAUUUUGGAUACUGUAA